CAUGCAGUGCAAGAUCUGAUGAGACUAUUCUAGUCUAGAAUCAUCGGGUCCACCGAAGUCAUCAAUCAAUCUUGAAGACGUUCUUUGAUUGAUAAAAAAAAAUGGAAGGUGAGCAGCACCAAAGAUCAAAACUGAAUAAAGCUAAGCAGAUUGUGAGGCUAAGGGGAAUGCUUCGUAGGUGGCACAGUUUCUCAUCCUCAUCCUCAACCUCAAUCUCAUCAUCACCAAACAUUUCAAGUAGCCCCAAUUACAACAUGAUUGACAAUUCUGAUUACCAAGAACCCACAACUGAUGAUGAUCCAACCUCAAAGAGUAGAGCACCGUGUAAUUGUAACUUGGAUGAAGAGGAUCACAAAUGCGAGAGCCCCGAGCCCCCUCCCGAUGUUCCGAAAGGGUACUUGGCAGUUUAUGUUGGGAGUGAGCUUCGGAGAUUUAUCAUUCCAACUAGCUACCUUACUCAUUCUCUCUUCAAGUUAUUGCUUGAGAAGGCUGAAGAUGAGUUUGGAUUUAACCAUAAUGGUGCUCUCACUAUUCCUUGUGAGACUGAGACCUUCAAGUAUCUCCUCAGAUGCAUAGAGACCAACUACGACACCCAUCAACGUAGCUCCUCUGGAAACAUAGGAACUUCGGAAGCAUAACUAGUGAUUCUGAUCUUCCUAGAAGUCCAGUCAAAUCAUAAGGCUCAUUAGACUAGGUGUAAAUCUCCUAGAAACUACAUCAUAACUACCCUUACAAGUUACAAGAACUUAACCUUGGUGGUGUGUAAAUAAGAACUUUCAUGUGUUUUUGUUCACAUGAUUCUUGCUUUUUUU